AACUUUAGUAUCCGAUCGAAGUGAAAAUGGAAAUCAAUGUCGGCGAUGUGGUGAUGCCGGGUGACAGUUUAAAGAGCAUCGUGCCAAUCAAGAGAGAAGGAAGAGAAGAUAGAGAGACUGUGAUCCUGGGCCCCGGAUUGCGCCGUGAAGAUGACACUGUGUUCGUCUGUAAAGCGGGUAUCCUGAAGAGACGCGAUCCGGCCGUAUACUACGUCGACAGCUACCAGAAACGAUAUAUUCCCAGCCGAGGUGAGAACGUGGUCGGUAUAGUGACGCAGAAGAGCGGCGACAUUUACAAGGUGGACAUAGGAGCCAGCGAACAAGCGACACUCUCCUACCUGGCCUUCGAGGGUGCCACGAAGAAGAACCGACCCGACCUGCAGAUCGGCGAUGUAGUGUACGCCAAGCUGCUGAUCGCCGGCAGGGACAUGGAGCCCGAAUUGGUCUGCGUGGAUUCUCACGGCAAGGAGAACGAGCUCGGUGUGUUGAGCUCAGACGGCAUGAUGUUCAGCUGUUCGUUGAGCCUUGUGAGAAAAAUACUCAAUCCGGACUGUCCGUUGUUCAAAUUACUCGGUCGGAAUCAAGCGUAUGAAAUUGCCGCCGGGAUGAACGGCAGGAUAUGGAUCAAGGCGCAGUCGGUUCCAGAGACAAUUGCAGUGGCAAACGCCAUUCUAGCGGCGGAAUACACGAUAGCCAGUGAAAUGCAGAGGCUCUGUGCUAGAAUCGAGAAAACUUUGAUGUUGGUGAUAUAAUUUUCACGCAGGGAUGUUGGGACUGAUUUGAAAGAAACUUGACUUUAUAAAAUAAAAUAAAAUAGUACCCAUUUUUGUUUUGGAAUGUCUAAUUGCAUUUCAAACUAGUUCUAAUAUGUAAAAUAAUGGUCGAGCAGAUAAUUGGCGAAAAAUUAAAACCAAACGCCAUACCAACACUUUUCAAUAUACCUUGUACAUAUUUAAUUAUUACAGUGACAACCAUUGUGAUAAAUCGCCGUGAUAACUAUCUUGAUAAUAAAUUAAAAUUAUAGGUACAAUUAUUCAUAUUCUUUAUAUUAAAAAUCCUUUCAAAUCGACCGUUUUCUAUACUAUUAGUAUACGAAUUUUAAUUACAGAAAAGAAUUUUUCAUUUCACACCAAAAAAAGAAUUUCACAAAAAAUAAAAGUCGGUACAACAGGACUCUGGGAUUCCCUUAUUCAUAUCUAUCCAUCCAUCAUUGAUUCGUUAUAUGUGCAUCAGUGGAAAUGAAUUCAUGAUUGCAUACAGAGUGAUUCUAAUAACUGGGCUAUUAUAGUUCUUUUCCAAGUCAAAUAGAAAAAAAUUCUUCACUGUUUAACAUGAUCUCUCAUAAUAAAUAAUAAGAUUCCUUUUACUAUUUUUUUUUCCAUCUCGACUUGGAAAAGAACUGUAAUCCAAUUACUAGAAUCGCUCUGUGCAAGCUGUCGGUACAAGACUAAUAAUUAAAUAGAAGUAAAGGAAUAUUCGCUUCGUACGAAAUUUAAUAUUUAAUUUUAACAAAGAAAACUUGGUGACAUUUGAAUAUUACACAUAUCGUAUUACACUAGUAACCACAAGCGGUAUAUCGAUAUAUAAAUACAAAGUGACAAGCGCUGAUAAUUUUCAUUACAUCUGAUAUGUGCUCUAGUGCUCUCUUCAGCUUGCUCGAGCUAUGUACGUGUAGGUUAGACGACAGUGACGGUAAUUGCACUCAAGCACAACCUUUACUUUCUCAUUGCAAAGUGACAAUCGAAAAGCAACAAUUCAAGUCCAGAGAAUAUACCGCUACUAUUUCCGCGUAAUUUUUUUUUCCAACUAAGCUUUACACAGAAGAAGAUACCUUUGUACUUGAUGGAAUGUGUUCAUUGCCAUCGCUUUCUAAUUAAGCGUACAUGCGAGAAAAUCAUUGGUGUAGCAAUUUCAAAAUCAAUCGAUAUCUGCGAAAAUUCUUAAAACGGAAAGAUAAUAAAAUUCUGUUUUUAUUUCUAAACACAUGUGUCACGCAUAUUUUACAAAAUUGUCGAGACGAAUUAUUGAAUUCCAAUGAUUUUCUAUUUCUCGUCAUCGCACAGCGAAUAUUUCUGCACUGAUGACAGUAACAACUUAUAUUAAAUGCGCAGCACUUAUUGCGCUUGAUCGAUUGACAGUUCAAUGACACAUAAAUACAGAUUACAAGUAGAAAAAAAGAAAAAAACGAUAUAUGCGCAAUAGAGCGCACACGUAACAAAAAAGUCAAAAGAUGUAGCAAACAAAACAACGUAUUGACGUAACAGAAAUAUACCUAUUAAAGCUAAACUAUUGUUUUUGGUCAUUUAUGGCCCCUGCCCUCCAUUUCACAGCACCAUUCUAAAAUAAAAUGUUAAUCUAAAAGCUA